CAUUAAAUACAGAUCAGUGGUGCACGCUGUGUAGACAGUGGUUCCAAAUUCAUGACAUGGCAACAAAAAUCCUCUAUUUCACGGUGAACGGGAGACCAGAGCAGGCUGAGUUCCCGGUGGAUUGCCCUGCCCAGGAUGUUAAAGAUCUUUUCCGCUCCGCAGCCGAGGCCGGGCCUCACGACAUCCUGAAGCUGUACAAUCCCAAAGGCAACAUCAUCAACAUCUCGCCGGGUCUCGAGCCCAACAGUCCAACCUCCUGCUACAAGCUGGAGGUGGUGGCCGCUGACUGCAACAGUGAGCCGCUAGGUGUGGAGCUUGCUGGUGCACUAGGAUUCGACCUCUCAUCCAUGGAGAAAAGACUGCAGGGCCUGGAGAAGAAGAUCCUGAUCGAGGCCAGUGAGACUCCUGCAGUCGUGUAUGAGCUGAAGAAACAAGUGGAUUCAUUCCGGGAAAAACUAGAGAGUGUGGAGCACCUGAGCUGGCUUGGACUCUUUAAAGACCUGUCAGAGGGAACUCACAAGCCCUCGCCCUUCUACCACAAGAGAACCCUGCGGAAAACCAGGGAGGAGUGUGAGCACGUGCGGGAAAAGUUCCUUCAAAUGAGCUCCCUGGAGGUUUCAGAAGAAGUGAGGCAGUACUUAAAGACCCCGACCUUUGAUAACUGGCAGUGGGAGGACGCAGAGAUCAUGGUGCUCCUGCAGGUCAUGUACACAGAUUUGGAUUUCAACGCCACGUUCAACAUUGAGCCCGAGGUAUUGCAACAGUUUCUGUUCGAGGUCUACCGAAGAUACAACAACAUCCCCUUUCACAACUUCAAACACUGCUUCUGUGUUACCCAGAUGAUGUACGGUCUGAUCUGGCUGACCGACCUCAGGAGCAAAAUGGACGGCAUCGACCUGCUGAUCAUGCUGACCUCUGCAGUGUGCCACGACCUCGACCACACAGGGUACAACAAUGCCUAUCAGAUCAACGCCAGAACCGAACUAGCUCUUCGCUACAAUGACAUCUCUCCGCUGGAGAACCAUCACUGUGCUGUAGCUUUUGAGCUACUGGAGAAGACAGAGUGCAACAUCUUCAGAAAUCUGUCCAUGGAUCAAUACAAACGGAUAAGGGAGGGAAUCAUCAAAUGCAUUCUGGCCACUGACAUGACGAGACACAAUGACAUUCUCAACAAGUUCAAGUCCAUCCUGCCUUCCUUCGACUUCACCAACACGGACCACAAAGACGUGCUGAUGAUGAUCCUCAUCAAAGUGAGUGACAUAUCCAACGAGGCGCGGCCCAUGGAGGUGGCCGAGCCCUGGCUGGACUGUCUUCUGCAGGAAUUCUACAACCAGAGUGACGUGGAGAAACUAGAGGGUCUUCCAGUCACCCCCUUCAUGGAUCGGGACAAAGUAACAAAGCCUUCAUCCCAAACAGGCUUCAUCAGAUUUGUCCUUCUGCCUCUCUUCAUCGAACUGGCAAACCUCUUCCCCUGCCUGGAGCAACACAUUAUCAACCCAGUCCGCAAGGCUCUUGACUACUACACAGAGAUGGAGAAAGCUUUGGAGAGGGAGAAACAGAUCCGAGCUCAGAGUGAGGUCGCAGCCAAGGGCAGGGACUCAGCCGUGGGCUCCCAGUGCACAGCUGAGAGCCACACGGAGGCUGGACCUGAGGCCCCCGAACCAGACGCACAGCAGAACCACAGCUGAGAGCCACACGGAGGCUGGACCUGAGGCCCCCGUUUAUUUACUGGGCUAUAAGCACUGUAUGCUGUUCUAAGCAGCUUGUGCUGUAGUUUUGGUGGAUGCAGUAUUAAAUGACGUGAGGAAAUUGAACUGAUUUUGAUUUAUGAUUCGACUGGAUAUUUUGUUUACAAUUUUUAAAGAGUAAUAUCUUUUUAUGUCAAAAGAGUAUUUCCAGAGUGCAGAACAACAUUUGGGAGUCAUCUAUUGUAAGUGUGACCAUCUUUAUACGUUAUUAAUCAUGUAAGGUAAAGUAUUGCCACAAAUACUGUACAGUAAUGCUCUUUUUCCAGCCAUUAUGAUGUAUAAUACGAACACCCUGGAACCUGCUGGAACCUGGAGUCAACAAGUAAAAAAAAUAUGAUACACUCAAAUUUUACAUUUCAAUUCCUUUUCUUUUCUUCUUUUAGGAAAUAAUAAACAAUAUAUUCAAAGGUGCAUUGGUCAAUUUGACAAAUACACAACAGGGGAUUAUGAUAUGAAAUAAAUAAUGACCAUGUCUAACUGAGA